CCACACUGAGACGCAGGUUGCCUAGAAAUGCGAUCCUGCUGAUUUCGUUGAACUCAAGGCCAACAAGCCCAAGAGGGAAUAAUCCAUUGGUCAACUCAAAUUACUUUCCCUGCAUCUCAAACACCAUGGCAAUGUGCUCGAGCUUCUGUCCUCAAAUUUCACACUACUUCAGGGGAAGAGUCAUCUGUCCCUUCUCCAUUUCAUCACCAAAUUCUGUAUCUUUCAGAGCUUUUUCUUCUCAGAUAUCCAAUGCUUCAGCACAAGUAAAUGAGGCACCACGUGUUGGCUUUUUAGGCAUCGGAAUUAUGGGCUCUCCAAUGGCACAAAAUCUGAUAAAAGCUGGAUGUGACCUGACUGUUUGGAAUAGGACCAAGAGUAAAUGUGAUCCGUUAAUUAGCUUGGGAGCAAAAUAUAAAUCAUCUCCUGAGGAAGUAGCUGCAUCUUGUGAUGUCACGUUUGCUAUGCUUGCUGAUCCUCAGAGUGCUGUGGAUGUUGCUUGUGGAAAACACGGGGCUGCCAAUGGAUUGGGUCCAGGAAAAGGAUAUGUAGAUGUUUCAACAGUUGAUGGGACAACGUCUAAAUUGAUUAGCGGGAAUGUCAAGUCUACUGGAGCAUUAUUUUUGGAGGCUCCAGUUUCAGGUUCCAAGAAGCCUGCGGAAGAUGGACAAUUGAUAUUUCUGACAGCAGGUGAUAAAGAUCUUUAUGAAACAGUUUCUUCUUUCUUGGACAUAAUGGGGAAAUCAAGAUUUUACCUAGGAGAUGUUGGAAAUGGAGCUGCAAUGAAACUUGUUGUCAAUAUGAUUAUGGGCAGUAUGAUGGCAUCCUUUUCUGAAGGAUUACUUCUCUCAGAGAAAGUUGGGCUGGAUCCUAAAAUACUAGUGGAGGUUGUUUCACAGGGUGCCAUUAGUGCACCAAUGUACUCAACCAAGGGCCCAUCCAUGAUUCAGUCACUUUAUCCAACUGCUUUCCCCCUAAAGCAUCAGCAGAAGGAUAUCAGGCUUGCCCUAGGUUUAGCAGAAUCUGUGUCACAAUCUACUCCAAUUGCUGCGGCUGCUAAUGAGUUAUAUAAAGUGGCAAAAUCCCAUGGCCUUGGGGAUCAGGACUUCUCUGCAGUCAUUGAAGCAUUAAAAGCCAAACUGCAGAAUUCAUCCAAUGAGUGAUCACUGCUUCUUUUAAUGACACAGGUUUACUAGUAAUGCAGCUCCAACAAUGAACCUUCUCUGUUUUCCGCUCCUUUCUGUUUCAGAAAAAAAUGGCUGAAUUGAUAUUUGAGCUUUGAAAUUUCCUUGUGGCUUUUCUGAGGCCGACCUUUCUUCUUGUUACAGCUAAUCUACACUGAGACUGAGGAUGACGUUGGUGCCAUGAAGUUUUCUGUUUCAUUGUAGAGUUGAUGAGCAUAAAUGAUGAAUCCCCUCUAUUCUUCUUCUUCUUCUUCUCAGAUCUUAACCUUCUCUUAUAUAGUAGAAAAUCUACUCGAAUUGCCAUUUUUCAUUGAAGGGAUUUGAUUA